AAACAAGUGGGUGAGAUGUAGAGGGAAAACUGUUGCUGCGAUGAUGCAGAGAGCUCUUUGUGUUUGUUUUGAUGAUUGCCAUUUUUUCUUCUUAGAGAACAAAGAGUUAGAAGAUGAGUUUGUUUCAAAAGGUGAAUUUAGUGGUUGGCUUUUGCUUCAUAUAUAGUAGAUGAAGUAAUAGCUUAAGGGAGACAAGAAGAUAUUUUUCAAUUAUAUUAUUUGGACCUCAGCUUCAUCACCAUUAUCUGGCAAUGCAUCCCAUGCUCCAAGCUUCCUUCCAACUCAUUCCUCAUUUUUUUAACUUGGGAAUCACAUUGAUUCUUCAGAAUGGCAUCUCUACAAUAUAAUAGGAGCUUUUGUCUGCCUAUAGCAGGACAGACCAAGGGCAAGAGGAGUCUUCAUCUUCAGCUACUAUUAUAUUGGUUGGCAAUGUAUGCAUUGUGGCGAUGUAUAUGCAUUGCCCUAACAUUCUGAAUUUCUGAGAUUAUUUCAAGAUCCAGUUUUGCAUUGAUAAAAACUCUCUCAGAUUAGUUAUCAUGAGAUUCCUUGUCCCCUCACCUAAGAGACGCCAAGGGAAAUGUGCAGAACUUGUUCCCCAUUGUUUUAGCCAUCUAACUAGUUCACACAUGUACACGAGGGGUGACACAACAAAAUAUAACUUUUUUAGAAAUUUGUUGCUAAAAUAAUUGCUGCCAACUGCAUGUUGCAUAUUAAUUAAGACAAACUAUAUCAGAGAAGCAACAUUGCUCUAACACUGACGAGUUUAUUUAGAUCCAAAUCUUGAUUAGUUAGCAAUAUUUGAUAUCUUUUGACAUAAGAUUCCUUGCCUCUUCAAUAAUUGCUCCUUAUAUAUAGUUAGCAUGUAGCAAUGGAAUAAAGGCAGAUACACAAGCUCAAUUCUACCUUCAAUCUUCUCAACUCCUCUCUUCUGUUGAAGAAAAUGGCAGCCUCUAACACAAAAACCUCUUUCCAUGCUCGCUCAAACAGCUUGCCCUCUAGACCACACCCAAUCGUUCUGCAAUGCGAUGAACACUUGGAUAGGUUAAGAUCUUCCAAUGAAACCUCUUCUUCAUCUUCAUUAAGCCAUAAACUAGGAGCCUUGCAGGAUCUUCAUGAAUGUGUUGAAAAAUUGGUACAGCUUCCCCUCACCCAAGAAACCCUUCUCCAUGAACCUCAAGAAUCAUGUGUAAAUGAUGAACUUUUGUAUGGAUCCUUGCGGCUCCUAGAUGUGUGCACAACAGCCAAAGAUUCUCUAUUGCAUACAAAGGAGUGCAUGAGGGAACUUCAAUCAAUUAUUAGAAGAAAAAGAGGUGAAGAACUGGACCUCACAUCAGAGGCUAAAAAGUUCUUGAGCUCUAGAAAAGUGGUGAGGAAGGCCAUCUUCAAAGCCUUGAGGGAUUUGAAGUCUAUUUCCAAAAAGGGAAACUUGAAAGACCAACAAAAUAUGGCCUUGGUUAGCUUGUUAAAAGAUGUUGAAGUAGCCACUCUUUCCACAUUUGAGUCAUUGUUGAAUUUUAUCUCUGGAACAAAACCAAGCAGCUGGUCUUUGGUUUCCAAGUUGAUCAACACCAAAAGAAUAAGCUGCCAACAAGUAGCAGAUGAAAAUGAAUUUUCACAAUUGGAUGCAGCAUUGCAGUCCUCUGUGCUUCAAAUGACAAACAAAUCAGACAGCAUCAAUAAUCUGCAAAACAAGUUGGAGAAGUUGGAGUCAUGCAUUCAAGACCUUGAAGAAGGGCUUGAGUUUCUGUUCAGGCGUUUGAUUAAAAUCAGAGUUUCCCUUCUCAACAUCCUUACUAACUAGUUGAGUUGAUCAAUGGAAACAAAUUUUGGUAGUAGCAUAGAUAUACUCAAAUUGUAAUGUGAACAUCUAGUAAUAUUAAAUUGAAACAUUUUACUCAAAUUUCUUGUUUCAAUAUCGUCAU